AUGCUCGAGCACUUGUCCUUCUCAAUUAUCUAUGGCCCCAAGGGCUCCAAGACGCUGGACCUGACCUGCAAAGAUGAAUUCGAGUUUGACCAUUGGGUCACGGGCCUGAAAGCCAUCUUUUACGCCUGCAAGAACAAGCAGAUCUCCAAGGAGGCUCUCUUGGCCCACUCCAAGCGCUUUCAAAAGGCCCUCGAGAAGAACAACGUGGGGAUCAAGCUGACCAAGCUGCCUGAGGUGAAGGAGAAGGGCCACGUGGGGCUCGAUGACUGCAUCGAGAUCGUGACCCACACUCCGCAGCAGCUGGAUACCAAGAUGGAACGAUUGAGGGAGCGGCUGAAGACAAUGAGCCAGCAGGUUUCCCGGCUGGAUCAUCACUCCGCAGCGGAGAUGGAGGUGGACCUCUCGCUUCUUACAGGGCAGGGUCCGGCAUAUGCCAGCGUCUUCGUCCAGGACGAGGAUGCUCAGGAUGAAGAGAUGGAGAUCAGACGGAUGCACGAGCUGGUAGAACAGACCACGCAGGUGCUCCAGCAGGCGCGCAACGAGCUCAUUGCGCUAAACCAGCGUCAGAGAUCGGAGAGCUCGGGUACCAACACAGAGGCAAAAGCCAAGAAGAAGGAGACGGCCGCUUGCAAGCACAUCGACCAGCUCCUUUGGAAAGCAGAAGUGGAUUUGGAAAAUGUCGAGGACAUGUACCUGAGGCACAUCGACAAUCAGAAGGACACGUACUCGCUGGCCGACUUCAAUCAGACGGUCUCCCGCACGAUCUCUGAUCUCGAGGAGAGCUUGAAUACUCAGCUCGACUCGAUCAAGUCCUACUUCUUCAGGUGA